AUGGAGCCCAACCCAAUGACGUCGGAGUCAAACCCUGCGGCUGAGGGCGCGAGCAUGAGCAAGGUCAUGCAGUCGGCGCAGAACAUCUACCUCCUCUCGCGAGUCGGCACCAAGCGCGGACUCGACCAACCGGCCCUCAAGCGCAUGCUCCGCGAGCUGUGCGACCUCGAGUCCCAGCUCACCACCAUCAGCCCGUCGUCGUCGCGGCCCUCGUCGCCCGUGGCCGACAUCUGCUCGUCGCCCUCGUCGCCGGCCUCGCCGUCGACCUCCUCCUCGACCUCGCCUUCGCUCUCGUCCACGUCGCCCACCGCGAGCCCCGCGCGCUCCGCCGCCGCCGCGUCGUCGGCAGCCGCCAAGCGAAACAUCGCCAGCAAGAACAGCAGCAGCGCCAACAGCGACUGCAAGAACAACAAGAAGCAACUCCGACGCAAGGCCUACGUCUGCAGCGGCUGCGGUGCCACCGAGUCGUCCCAGUGGCGCAACGGCCCCGACGGCACCAAGCGGCCUGACCUUUCCAACAACAACAACAACAGAAUUUGUAACCCGUGCGGCAUGAAGUUCUGGCGGCUCAAGCGAAAGAUGAUGAAGCGCCAGUCCGAGGAGAUGGAGGCCACGGCCAGCCACAACCACGCCAAGGCCUCCGGCGGAGUCGUCCAGCUCCACCAGCUGCGACCGCAGCAGGAGAGUCAAUCGACCGCCGCUGCCGCCAUGGGCCUCCAGCACCUGCACCACCUCGGCGCCGCUGCUGCCGCGGCCGGCCAGUUGUCGACCACUUCGAGCUACGCGCCGCACCAGCAGCUCUUCCGGCCCUACCACCACGGCUACCCGGCCAGCUUCAUCAGCAACCAGAGCCUCCACAACCAGAACGACGAGGAGGUGAUGGCCGCCGGCAUGAUGAUGCAACACCUGCGCACGGCCUCGUUCUCGUCGAUCACCUCGCGCUCGUCGAGGCCCUCUUCUACGUCGUUCUCGAGCAUCAUGUCGUCGUCGCCGCUCUCGUCGCUCUCGUCGUCGUCCCCCUCGCUCUCGACGUCGUUCUCGAGCAUCAUGUCGUCCCCGUCGUCUUCGCCCUCGCCCUCGCCGACGCCGGACUCAGCCGAGAGGAAGCGCUCCAGCAUCUACGACCUGCUCAACUGA